UGUAUCUGUUAUGUUAAUAUUUUUUUAACCUUCUUUUGGUGUUUUGAGUUUUGUCAGCAUUAAUGUCAGCUUGAAGAACGUCUCCAUCAGGUGUCCCAUAUUUUCAUGAAGUCACCUCUAUUUAUUUGUUUAUUUAUUUUCUAAGCCAGCCAUCGCGCUUUGGAUUUAAUGGAUUGAUUUUUUUAAUAAGGACUCUUUCCGUUCAUUGUAUUCUACUGGAUGGUACCAGAAGUUUGGAAAGUCCACAGUUGCUCAUUUAUCACGACAAACUGGAUCUAAAAUGAAAAGCCACAGGUUUGUAUUUGCUGUGUUUUGUUGGAGUUCCUGUUGUGUGUUCCUUGGUGCCGGUAGCAGUUAUUUGUUUGACAGCACCAGCGAACUACAUUCGAGAUCCGCACAUCGGCGUUUACGCACUCAGGAAAAGAGAGAGAUGCAGAAAGAAAUUCUGUCCAUCCUGGGACUGGCGCACAGACCCAGACCGCAUCUGUGGAAUGCCAAGUACAACUCUGCACCCCUUUUCAUGCUGGACCUCUACAAUGCAAUUAACCUGGAAGAGAAAAGCAAAGUUGACGGGAUUUUGGACCCUUAUAAGCCAUUGUUCACAACUCAAGAGCCCCAUUUAGCCACAAUUCAAGACAACGUGUACCUAAAUGAAGCUGACAUGGUGAUGAGCUUUGUGAAUUUAGUGGAGUAUGACUGGGAGUUGUCUCCGGAAGACAGAAGACACCAUAAGGUAUUCAACUUCAAUCUCUCUCAGAUCCCAGAGGGAGAGACAGUUGCAGCCGCAGAGUUCAGGAUCUACAAGGAAUGUGUGGGCAAUGCUUUUCACAAUGAAACCAUCCAACUGAGUGUUUUUGAGGUGGUUGGCAAGCAUCUCGACAGAGAUGCAGACCUUUUUCUUUUGGAGUCCCGCCAGCUGUGGGCAGUGGAUGAAGGCUGGCUGGAGUUUGACAUCACAGCUACUAGUAACCUCUGGGUAAUGAAUCCACAUCAUAAUCUGGGUCUGCAGAUCAGUGUGGAAACUACCAAUGGACAGAGCAUUAGCCCUAGAGAGGCAGGACUAAUCAGUCAGGAUGGACCUCUGGAGAAACAGCCCUUUAUGGUGGCCUUUUUCAAGGUAAAAAAGUUCCAAAUACGCACAACCCGCUCUAUAGGAAAACCCAGACAGCAGAGCCGCAAUCGUUCCAAUUAUCCACAGGAGGCACAAAAAGGCCCAGGAUAUACAGCAGAUUAUAAUAGCAGUGAUCAGAAGACAGCCUGCAAAAAACAUGAACUAUAUGUUAGCUUCAGAGACCUGGGCUGGCAGGAUUGGAUAAUUGCACCUGAAGGCUAUGCAGCUAAUUAUUGUGAUGGAGAAUGCUCAUUCCCAUUAAAUGCUCACAUGAAUGCUACAAAUCAUGCUAUUGUACAGACACUGGUCCACCUGAUGAACCCUGAGAACGUACCAAAGCCGUGCUGUGCUCCAACGAAGCUCCAUGCCAUCUCUGUGCUGUAUUUUGAUGACAACUCCAACGUCAUCCUGAAAAAAUACAAGAACAUGGUGGUGCGUGCAUGUGGCUGUCACUGAUAUUGAGGAGGUCAUGCAAGAUUGCCCCUGCCAAACAGCUUCACCUCAGAAUGUGGGAGCAUGUGUGUGUAAGAGAAAGUUGUUCAGAAUACUUGGGGAUCAUUUUUGGGAAUAUUAAGGAUUACAUGAGGAAUGUAAUUUUUCUUCUAUUUCCUGUCAGCCACAAUCUGUUUUUAUGUACUCCUGCCACCUCUGGAAAGUAUGGACACUGAGCAUCCUGUAUACACUU